AUGGACAGCUUUCCAUUAGCCCGCACGCUGCAGCCUUCUCGCACGAACGCCAAAGAGCCCGAGGCCGCGGCCAUGGCGGCGGCGACGACGAUGAGGACAAGCAGUACGCCUCUCCAAGCCCGCGCCCCCAAGAGCCCAAAACUCUACGAGCCCACGCCUCAGCGCGCCCCCGAGCACGCAAGAGGCCUCGGCUCCGGCUUGAAGGCAUCCUGCUGCACGCACCUCCCUCUGUACCUACGUAGCCCACCCCAGCUCACAAGUGGCAGCUGGCAAAAGCCCGCACGCACGCAGCGCACACACGCCGGGGGACACACGCGCGAAACGCACGAACCCUAGUGGGCCAACAGCAACUAGCGGCGCUCCUUCCUCAGCUGGCCGUGUUCGCAGCAGCCAUGGCCACGGGGAGGGAGGAGAGGGCCUCCCGGCGCCCUCGGCGGGCGCCCGCGCCGACAAGCCGCGCCACUGCAGCACGCGGGCGAGACGGCGCGCAGCUGGACAAAGAGAAAUUGGGAAUCCGAGGCGGCUGUACAAUAAUAACGCCGUGGUUGUGCACCGCUCCGGCCGCCGGCCACGACGACACACUCACUCACACAUGCGCGUCUGAGUACCUGACCCUGAUCCCUACCCCCUCCCGGCGCCCCCUUUUGCCGCCUUCCGCUUUCUGCGCGCGUGUUUCAGUGGCGUGGCGUUGGCGAUGGCGGGCGUUUGGGGGGCGUUCUUGUGGCAUGAGCAGGGGUGUGGAGACGAAGGAAGGGAAGGAUGGAUCAGGAUGGGGCACGCGGGUGAUUGGUGAUGAUGGAAGGUGUUUGAGGUUUUUGCCGUGUCUGAGAGAUCGGAUCGGAAGAGGGAUCGGACAGGAUCUAGUCUGGGCCUGGGCUGGUGCGAGGUGAUCUGGCCGAGA